AUGCGCGAUCGCGUGCGCGAAUGCGUGCGGGAGUGCGUGCGCGAGUGCGUGCGGGAGCGCGUGAGCGAAUGCGUGCGGGAGUGCGAUUGCGAGUGCGUGCGCGAGUGCGAGUGCGUGCGCGAAUGCGAGUGCGUGCUCGAACGCGUGCGCGAAUGCGUGCGGGAGUGCGUGCGCGAGUGCGUGCGGGAGUGCGAUUGCGAGUGCGUGCGCGAUUGCGAGUGCGUGCGCGAGUGCGAGUGCGAGCGCGAACGCGUGCGCGAAUGCAUGCGGGAGCGCGUGCGCGAGUGCGUACGGGAGCGCGUGCGCGAGUGCUGCGUGCGGGAGCGCGUGCGCGAGUGCGUGCGGGAGUGCGUGCGCGAGUGCGUGCGCGAUUGCGAGCGCGUGCGCGAAUGCGUGCGGGAGUGCGUGCUCGAGUGCGUGCGCGAGUGCGAGUGCAUGCGCGAACGCGUGCGCGAAUGCGUGCGGGAGCGCGUGCGCGAGUGCGUGCGGGAGUGCGUGCGCGAGUGCGUGCGCGAGUGCGAGUGCAUGCGCGAACGUGUGCGCGAAUGCGUGCGGGAGUGCGUGCGCGAGUGCGUGCGGGAGCGCGUGCGCGAAUGCGUGCGGGAGUGGGAUUGCGAGUGCGUGCGCGAUUGCGAGUGCGUGCGCGAGUUCGAGUGCGUGCGCGAACGCGUGCGCGGAUGCGUGCGGGAGUGCGUGCGCGAGUGCGUGCGCGAGUGCGAGUGCAUGCGCGAACGUGUGCGCGAAUGCGUGCGGGAGUGCGUGCGCGAGUGCUGCGUGCGCGAGUUCGAGUGCGUGCGCGAACGCGUGCGCGGAUGCGUGCGGGAGUGCGUGCGCGAGUGCGUGCGCGAGUGCGAGUGCAUGCGCGAACGUGUGCGCGAAUGCGUGCGGGAGUGCGUGCGCGAGUGCGUGCGCGAGUGCGAGUGCGAGCGCGAACGCGUGCGCGAAUGCGUGCGGGAGCGCGUGCGCGAGUGCGUACGGGAGCGCGUGCGCGAGUGCGUGCGGGAGUGCGUGCGCGAGUGCGUGCGGGAGCGCGUGAGCGAAUGCGUGCGGGAGUGCGAUUGCGAGUGCGUGCGGGAGUGCGAGUGCGAGUGCGUGCGCGAGUGCGAGUGCGAGUGCGAGCGCGAGUGCGAGUGCGUGCGCAAGUGCGAGUGCAUGCGCGAUCGCGUGCGCGAAUGCGUGCGGGAGUGCGUGCGCGAGUGCGUGCGGGAGCGCGUGAGCGAAUGCGUGCGGGAGUGCGAUUGCGAGUGCGUGUGCGAUUGCGAGUGCGUGCGCGAGUGCGAGUGCGUGCGCGAGUGCGAGUGCGUGCGCGAGUGCGAGUGCGUGCGCGAGUGCGAGUGCGUGCUCGAACGCGUGCGCGAAUGCGUGCGGGAGUGCGUGCGCGAGUGCGUGCGGGAGUGCGAUUGCGAGUGCGUGUGCGAUUGCGAGUGCGUGCGCGAUUGCGAUUGCGUGCGCGAUUGCGAGUGCGUGCGCGAACGCGUGCGCGAAUGCGUGCGGGAGGGCGUGCGCGAGUGCGUGCGGGAGUGCGAUUGCAAGUGCGUGCGCGAUUGCGAGCGCGUGCGCGAAUGCGUGCGGGAGUGCGUGCUCGAGUGCGUGCGCGAGUGCGAGUGCAUGCGCGAACGCGUGCGCGAAUGCGUGCGGGAGCGCGUGCGCGAGUGCGUGCGGGAGUGCGUGCGCGAGUGCGUGCGCGAUUGCGAGUGCGUGCGCGAAUGCGUGCGGGAGUGCGUGCUCGAGUGCGUGCGCGAGUGCGAGUGCAUGCGCGAACGUGUGCGCGAAUGCGUGCGGGAGCGCGUGCGCGAGUGCGUGCGGGAGUGCGUGCGCGAGUGCGUGCGCGAGUGCGAGUGCAUGCGCGAACGCGUGCGCGAAUGCGUGCGGGAGUGCGUGCGCGAGUGCGUGCGGGAGCGCGUGCGCGAAUGCGUGCGCGAGUGCGACUGCGAGUGCGUGCGCGAUUGCGAGUGCGUGCGCGAGUGCGAGUGCAUGCGCGAACGCUGCGAUUGCGAGUGCGUGCGCGAUUGCGAGUGCGUGCGCGAGUGCGAGUGCGAGCGCGAACGCGUGCGCGAAUGCAUGCGGGAGCGCGUGCGCGAGUGCGUACGGGAGCGCGUGCGCGAGUGCUGCGUGCGCGAAUGCGUGCGGGAGCGCGUGCGCGAGUGCGUGCGGGAGUGCGUGCGCGAGUGCGUGCGCGAUUGCGAGCGCGUGCGCGAAUGCGUGCGGGAGUGCGUGCUCGAGUGCGUGCGCGAGUGCGAGUGCAUGCGCGAACGCGUGCGCGAGUGCGUGCGGGAGCGCGUGCGCGAGUGCGUGCGGGAGUGCGUGCGCGAGUGCGUGCGCGAGUGCGAGUGCAUGCGCGAACGCGUGCGCGAAUGCGAGCGGGAGUGCGUGCGCGAGUGCGUGCGGGAGCGCGUGCGCGAAUGCGUGCGGGAGUGGGAUUGCGAGUGCGUGCGCGAUUGCGAUGCGUGCGCGAACGCGUGCGCGAGUGAGUGCGUGCGCGAGUGCGAGUGCGAGUGCGUGCGCGAGUGCGUGCGGGAGCGUGUGCGCGAAUGCGUGCGGGAUUGCGAUUGCGAGUGCGUGCGCGAUUGCGAGUGCGUGCGCGAGUGCGAGUGCGAGCGCGAACGCGUGCGGGAGUGCGUGCGCGAACGCGUGCGCGAGUGCGUACGGGAGCGCGUGCGCGAGUGCUGCGUGCGCGAAUGCGUGCGGGAGCGCGUGCGCGAGUGCGUGCGGGAGUGCGUGCGCGAGUGCGUGCGCGAUUGCGAGCGCGUGCGCGAAUGCGUGCGGGAGUGCGUGCUCGAGUGCGUGCGCGAGUGCGAGUGCAUGCGCGAACGCGUGCGCGAAUGCGUGCGGGAGCGCGUGCGCGAGUGCGUGCGGGAGUGCAUGCGCGAGUGCGUGCGCGAGUGCGAGUGCAUGCGCGAACGCGUGCGCGAAUGCGUGCGGGAGUGCGUGCGCGAGUGCGUGCGGGAGCGCGUGCGCGAAUGCGUGCGGGAGUGGGAUUGCGAGUGCGUGCGCGAUUGCGAGUGCGUGCGCGAGUUCGAGUGCGUGCGCGAACGCGUGCGCGAAUGCGUGCGGGAGCGCGUGCGGGAGUGCGUGCGGGAGUGCGUGCGCGAGUGCGUGCGGGAGCGCGUGCGCGAAUGCGUGCGGGAGUGCGAUUGCGAGUGCGUGCGCGAUUGCGAGUGCGUGCGCCAGUGCGAGUGCUACGUGCGCGAGUGCGUGCGGAAGCGCGUGCGCGAAUGCGUGCGGGAGUGCGAUUGCGAGUGCGUGCGCGAGAGCGAGUGCGUGCGCGAACGCGUGCGCGAAUGCGUGCGGGAGUGCGUGCGCGAGUGCGUGCGGGAGUGCGUGCGCGAGUGCGUGCGCCAGUGCGAGUGCAAACGCGAACGCGUGCGCGAAUGCGUGCGGGAGUGCGUGCGCGAGUGCGUGCGGGAGCGCGUGCGCGAAUGCGUGCGGGAGUGCGAUUGCGAGUGCGUGCGCGAGAGCGAGUGCGUGCGCGAACGCGUGCGCGAAUGCGUGCGGGAGUGCGUGCGCGAGUGCGUGCGGGAGUGCGUGCGCGAGUGCGUGCGCCAGUGCGAGUGCAAACGCGAACGCGUGCGCGAAUGCGUGCGGGAGUGCGUGCGCGAGUGCGUGCGGGAGCGUGUGCGCGAAUGCGUGCGGGAGUGUGAUUGCGAGUGCGUGCGCGAUUGCGAGUGCGUGCGCGAGUGCGUGCGAGAUUGCGAGUGCGUGCGCGAUUGCGAGUGCGUGCGCGAGUGCGAGUGCAUGCGCGAACGCGUGCGCGAAUGCGUGCGGGAGUGCGUGCGCGAGUGCGUGCGGGAGCGCGUGAGCGAAUGCGUGCGGGAGUGCGAUUGCGAGUGCGUGCGCGAUUGCGAGUGCGUGCGCGAGUGCGAGUGCGUGCGCGAACGCGUGCGCGAAUGCGUGCGGGAGCGCGUGCGCGAGUGCAUGCGGGAGUGCGUGCGCGAGUGCGUGCGCGAUUGCGAGUGCGUGCGCGAAUGCGUGCGGGAGUGCGUGCUCGAGUGCGUGCGCGAGUGCGAGUGCGUGCGCGAGUGCGAGUGCAUGCGCGAACGCCUGCACGAGUGCGUGCGCGAACGCGUGCGCGAGUGA